AUGGCCUCUUGUAUGUAUCGUGUUGGUGAUUAUGUUUAUUUUGAAGGCAAUCCUACAGAACCUUAUCUGAUUCGACGAAUUGAAGAAUUAAAUAAGACACCUAAUGGUAAUGUUGAAGCUCGUGUUGCUUGUUUUUAUCGUCGUCGUGAUAUAUCAUCCUAUCUUGUCAAUCAAGUCGAUCGACUUAAACUCGACGCUCCUUGGGAUGACGAAGAUGAAAUGUCAACAGAUACAAAUGGAAGUGUAAGUAAUCCAUCGACGAGUAACUCGUCACCUCAACCAACAGAACUUAACGAAGUCCAAAAACAUCAAUUACGUCAUCGAGAAGUAUUCUUAACGCGGCAAAUUGAAACGUUGUUAGCGACAAAUAUACGUGGAAAAUGUUUGGUUGCACUUCAUAAUGAAACGGAAUCAUUUUUAUCUUAUCUUAAUGCUGAGGAUCUCUACUUUUAUCAACUUGUAUACGAUCCAAAUCAGAAGACAUUAAAUGCUGAUCGUGGUGAGAUUCGCGUUGGAGGAAAAUAUCAAGCAGAUGUGCCAACACAAGUUCUGUACACCGAUGGAAUGGUCGAAGAAAAUCCUGAAGUACGAGAAGAAUUGACUUGGGACUGUAAUGGCGGUCUGACAGAGAAACAAAUCGAUCAAUUUUUAAUUGUUGCUCGAUCGAUUGGAACGUUUGCACGUGCUUUGGACUGUCCAACAGCGUUGAAACAUCCGAGUCUUCAUAUGAGUGCAGCAUCUGCUUCACGUGAUGCUACUUUAUUUUUCGCCAUGGAUAUCUUACAUAAACAUCAUUAUGACUUAGCAUUAGCUACAUGUAGUUUAGUACCGACUACGGGUCCGAUUCUUGUCAAAGAUCAAAUGGAAGAUUGGUCAGCAGCUGAAGCGAAUUCAUUUGAAGACGCGAUUGAAAAAUGCGGCAAGGAUUUCGGAGAAAUACAAAAAGAAUAUUUACCAUGGAAAAGUUUGAAAGGCAUCAUUGAAUAUUAUUAUAUGUGGAAAACAACAGAUCGUUACGUUGCUCAACGGCGUUUGAAAGCAGCCGAACAAGAAAAUAAACUCAAACAAGUUUUCAUACCAAAUUAUAACAAAGCUCAUCAAUGUUUACUUUCACAACGACCACAAAAUGAAAACAAACCAUGCGAAUCAUGUGGAAAUACAUCAUCAACUCAAUGGUAUCAAUAUAAUACUGCACAACCGCAUACACGAUUAUGCUCAGAAUGCUGGACUUAUUACAAAAAAGCCGGCGGUUUGAAAUUUCCGAAGAAGAGCGGUGCCGAUCGACGACAAGAACGCGUUUCCAAUAUCAGUAAAUUAAUCAGUUACAACUGUACGGUUACCGGUUGUGAAAAAGAUUGCAAAAAUAAAGCUGCUCUUCAACGUCAUUACGCUCUUACCCAUGGUAUCAUGUAUCGAUCGGGCAGUCCACGUCCGUUAGCCAAACCUCGCAAUACAUUUGCAAUCUACACUACACCAUUAACACGAGCUGUUCGUCCAUUGUGUCCAAUACGACGUCUGGCUUGUCAUCCGACUGAGAGUAUCAACAUCAGUGACAUACGUAAUCAAUGGGAAAAACAUAUUCAUGAGAAAUCUGCUGAUGAAAUUCGAUCGACAUGCACUAAACUUCGUCAAUUAUACGAAAAAGGAGCUGCGCGUCGUAAGACUUUGCGUAUCGAUACUUUAUUUCCAUCUGAAAUUCAGAACAACGAAAAUCAAAAGCUUGAAGAUUAUUUACCAGACUGUGAAAAGAGAGAAAUCAAGGAAAAUGAAAGUAAUUUACCAGUACGAUAUCCAAAAUUGCACGAUGAUUCAAGUGAAUUUUACGCCCAAUUUACUCAUAAUAGUAUGAGUAUUAUGAAAAAACGACCUUAUGAAUCUAAUGAGAAUUCUAAUGAAGGUCCAUCGCCAAAACGAACAUUAAUUAGUCGACAAAAUCUAAUCAAAACAAAAUCUCCGGGUGCAGCCAAGUUAACUCGAUCACGUGCUUACACGGUACCAUUCGUUGAUCCUCCUGAUGGCAUUUACCUUCGUGUUACAAAACAAAUCAAACGAUUGAGAAAGGAAAUACCUUCGAAAGAUAUUCGCCGUAUUGCACGUGCGCCCUGGAAAAAGCUGAAUACAAGUUUUGUUUCGUAUGUCGAUGAUGAAAUUGUUGUGCUUGAUUAA